AAAAACUUCAAACCCAGGAUAGCGUUUAUUGAUUUCGCGAAAAAUUUUACCAAUUUUUAUUCAAAUUUGUGCUCUAAAACACAUCUAAUUGUGAGUGACCGCUCCGUACCGUUCCGUCGUCAUGAGUGGCAAUCGUGGAAAUUUCAGUUUUUCGAUGCGCCGUCCGGGCCAGCUGUCCAGCACCUUUGGUGGGCGUCCCGGGCAGCAACAGCAGCAGCAGCAGCAGCAAAAAACUUUCUCCCUGAAUGCCGUUCCGCCGCCCAGUUCCCUGAUGGGCCGUGGUUCCGGAUUCGCACCGCACAAGUCAUUUCAACAACAGCAGCAAGCGACCAGCGGGGUUUCCAAGCACGGCUAUCACACCAUGGAUGCGAUCGCGGCGUAUGCCAAUCCGGCCUCGCAGUACUCGCUCGGGAAGAGGCGCGGAAAAACUGAGGAUGACUACUUCGACGACGACGAGGAAUCGGCACCGCAUUUGGACUAUAUCCCGGCGCCGGGUUCCCCCUCCGCCAGUGGUUCGCAAGGCAAAAAAGGCGGCAAAUCGGAUGAAGAUGACGGCGCCGCCAACGACGACGACGAGGAAGAGGAGGAGGAAGACCCGCUGGAUGCGUUUAUGGCCGGCAUCGAUGCCCAGGUUGAGCGGGAGAAGAAGAAAAUUCCGCAACCGAGCGUCGAACCGAAGAAGGGCUUCCGGCACGACAUCGACGAUGUGGACGACGAGGAGAGCUACUAUCGCUACAUGGAAGAGAAUCCCAACGCCGGACUGCACGAUGCCGACGGUUCGGACGCCGAGCUCGAAUACGACGAAGACGGCAAUCCGAUUCCACCACCCAAGAAGCGAGAAAUCGAUCCGCUGCCACCGAUCGACCAUUCCGAGAUCGAGUACGAAAAGUUCGAGAAAAAUUUCUACAACCCCCACGAGGACAUUGCCAGUCUAACGCCGAGCAAGGUGAACGAACUGCGCAACAAACUGGGCGUCAAGGUUAGCGGCCCGAUCCCACCGGCACCGGUUACCAGUUUUGCUCACUUCGGGUUCGAUGAACAGCUGAUGAAGGCUAUCCGCAAGUCGGAGUACACUCAACCGACGCCGAUCCAGGCACAGGCAGUGCCAGCUGCGCUGAGUGGCCGCGAUAUGAUUGGUAUUGCGAAAACCGGUAGCGGUAAAACGGCUGCCUUCUUGUGGCCCAUGUUGGUCCACAUCAUGGACCAGAAGGAUUUGGGUCCCGGGGACGGUCCGAUCGGGCUGAUCCUGGCACCGACUCGCGAGCUGUCGUUACAAAUCUAUCAGGAGGCGAAGAAAUUCGGUAAGAUCUAUAACAUAAGCGUUUGCUGUUGCUACGGUGGUGGAUCCAAGUGGGAGCAAAGCAAGGCACUGGAACAAGGCGCUGAGAUUGUAGUGGCCACACCGGGCCGUAUGAUUGAUAUGGUGAAGAUGAAGGCCACCAACUUGCAACGGGUGACCUAUUUGGUACUGGACGAAGCCGAUAGGAUGUUCAACUUGGGCUUCGAGCCGCAAGUUCGUUCGAUUUGUAACCAUGUCCGUCCGGAACGGCAGACGAUGCUGUUUAGUGCUACGUUCAAGAAGCGGAUCGAGCGAUUGGCUCGUGACGUCCUGACCGAUCCGGUGAGAAUCAUGCACGGAGACUUGGGUGAAGCCAAUGAGGAUGUCACUCAGCAUGUUAUUCUAUUCAACAAUCCGGCGCACAAAUGGAACUGGCUGCUGGCGAAGCUGGUCGAGCUACUAUCCGAAGGAACCAUAUUGAUAUUCGUAACCAAAAAAGCGGAUGCCGAACAGGUGGCCAACAACCUCCGCCUGCAGGAGUACGAUCCAGUAUUGUUGCACGGUGAUAUGGAUCAGGCGGACCGUAACGUCGUCAUCACAAGAUUUAGAAAACGCGAGGUGGAAAUUAUGGUGGCAACUGAUGUGGCAGCCCGUGGUCUCGAUAUUCCGCACAUCAAGAACGUGGUCAACUACGACAUAGCUCGGGACAUUGAUACUCACACGCAUCGGGUCGGUAGAACUGGUCGUGCCGGUGAGAAGGGUACCGCCUAUACUCUGGUGGUAGAUAAAGAUAAGGAAUUUGCCGGUCACUUGGUACGGAACCUGGAGGGUGCCAACCAGGAGGUUCCCGAUGAGUUAAUGAAGUUGGCGUUGCAAAGUGCAUGGUUCCGGAACUCGCGCUUUAAACAGAAUAAUAAAGGUAAAAAUUUAAACGUUGGCGGAGCGGGUCUUGGCUUCCGCAGUCGGCCGAUUCCCAGUGGUCCGUUGAAGUCAUUAGAAGGCCCGUCGCCGUCUUCUUCUGCCCCGGCUGGUGGUACCGGUGGCUGGAAAGGACCAGCCACAGAUCGUCUGACCGCUAUGCGCGACACAUUCAAAGCGCAGUACAAUGCACAAUUCAAGGCUUCCUCCGAUAGGACAUGGGAAAAUAUCAUUCCCGAGGGGGGUGUUUUUGCCAAGCCGGCAAUGUCUGGCUUUGUGGCUGCGUCCAGCAGUGACGGUGAUGGUGGUGACGUAGAACCCCAAAGAGAAGAAGCACCGCAGUACUCAAAUGCGGGAGAAGGAGAGAGGCCACGGAAGAAGAAAAGUAGGUGGAAUUGAAUGGGCUCUGCUGCAGGCUUAAGAUGGUUGUACGCGAUUCUGUCGUUUGUGGUUUCUGUGUUUACGACGUUUUGGUAUGCGCUUUGGUAGUGUCUAUAUAUGUGUCAAUUGUAGAUGGCCAAUCCAACGAUCCGAGUAAUUGUGGAAGGAAAGUUUUCAAUAGCAGCGAUUACGUAUGAAAAAUAAAGUCUUCAUAACUAUUUCUGUCCUGAA